GCUCACUUUGACAGUCGCCAGCCAGAGAGCCAACCCUGACUCGAUGUCAGGGGCUGUCUACCUGCAAGGUGCGCCAAGAUGAUGGGCAUGAACGCCAAGCAGCCGUUCAGCGUGCAUCCGGCCCUGCAGGAAGCCAAGUAUUCUAGCUCGGAGGCGAUGCGCCGCAUGUGCCUCCCAGCCCCGCAGCUCCAGGGCAAUAUAUUUGGAAGCUUUGAUGAGAGUCUGCUGGCCCGGGCUGAAGCCUUGGCGGCUGUGGAACUGGUCUCCCACGGCAAGAGCCACACUUUCAAGCCAGACACCACCUAUCAUACCAUGAGCAGCGUCCCCUGCACCUCUACUUCGUCGCCCACCGUGCCCAUCUCGGCCUCAGUUCACCAUCACCACCACCAUCACCACCAUGCCGUGGCGCACCAAGGCCUGGACGGGGACCUCCUGGAUCACCUCUCGCCGGCGCUGCUGGGGGGGGCCGAGCACGGCGCGGUUAUGGCCGCGCCAAUCCACCCUCAUGCCCAUGCUCACCCCCACUUGGGGGCGGCCAUGGGCCACCUACAUCAAGCCAUGGCUAGCAUGAGCCACCCGCCGCCGCCACCGCCUCCUCCGGCUGCCUCGCAAGUCUCGGUAUCUCACAACGGGCUGGCCUGCAUCAGCGACGUCGAGUCGGAUCCCCGGGAGCUGGAGGCGUUCGCCGAGCGCUUUAAACAGAGGCGGAUCAAGCUCGGCGUCACCCAGGCCGACGUGGGCGCGGCGCUGGCCAACCUCAAGAUCCCGGGCGUGGGCUCUCUGAGCCAGAGCACCAUCUGCAGAUUCGAGUCGCUCACUCUGUCGCACAACAACAUGAUCGCCCUCAAGCCGGUCCUGCAAGCGUGGCUGGAGGAGGCGGAAGCCGCCCACCGGGAGAAGAACGCCAAGCCCGAGCUCUUCAACUGCGCCGAGCGGAAGCGUAAGAGGACCUCUAUCGCAGCGCCGGAGAAGCGCUCGCUGGAAGCCUAUUUCGCCAUCCAGCCGCGACCCUCCUCCGAGAAGAUUGCCGCCAUCGCCGAGAAGCUGGACCUGAAAAAAAAUGUGGUGAGGGUCUGGUUCUGUAACCAGAGACAGAAACAGAAGCGCAUGAAGUACUCAGCGGUGCAUUGAGGCACCUGCUCUGUCGGACAACGAGACCUAUGCUUAGCACACAUACACCUGCACACCCACGUAGACAGAAACAUUGCUCUACCUAAAAGAUUAAAACAAAACCCGACAGACUAUUAGCAGAGACCUCUGCGAGGAUCGUCAGACCAAGUAACCAAGCCACUGAGAUGA